AUGGACGUGGACUUGGCCAUAAGGAUGUGGGAGGGGCAUGGUCAGUGCCAAGUGUGCACCAGCCCUGGCCACAGGGGACAUAAAGGGCGCCUGGAGAGGAGCGGACCCAGCCUCAUGCAGCCUGCGGGAGACCUGCUCAGCCACGAACACAGCGCUGGGAUGAAGACCCUGCUCCUGACGCUUGUGCUGCUCGGCCUGGUGGCUGCCCUGCAGGCCCAGGACCCCCUGUCCCUCCAGCCAGAGGAGCCAGAUAUCACAGGGAAAUGGUACAUGAAGGCCAUAGUGACCAACAGGAACAUGACACAGAGCCCCAGGCUGGCAUUCCCCCUGACAGUGACAGCCCAGGGAGAUGUGAACUUCGAGACCAGGAUCACCUUCAUGUGGAGGGGCGGCUGCCACAAGAACACGCUGCGCUUCCAGAAAACCAGGGACCCCAGCGUAUAUAUGUUUUGGAACCUCACGCGCAUACACAUAGAGAAACUGUCCGUGAAGGGCCACUACAUCUGCUACGCUGAGCACCAGCUUCUCUUCGGGGAGAACUUGCACAUGGGAUACCUCCUGGGGAGGACCCCGGAGGAAAACCCCAAGGCCUUGGAGGAGUUUAGGAAAUUUGCACAGCGCAAGCGAUUCCCACAGGAGAAAAUUGUCAUCCCUGAGCAGAGGGAACACUGUGUCCCCAAGCGUGGCCAUGGCAGCAGAGACCCCCACUUCCUACCCCUGGGCCAGGCUGCAGAGGACAUCUAA